GCCGGGGCGGGCGGGGGAGCGGCGCUCGGAGUCGCGGGCUGCGCGGGGCCGGCUGUUGCUUCCCCGGCCGCUCGAGGACAGCGGUGGCGCCGGGUGAUCGUAGCUGGGGACGGGGUUCGGAGGUAGCCGGAUCGAGAAGAGAGUCUUUGGCUGGCCCAGAGAAAGGAAAGCUGACUUGAGGCCCCGCUCUCCGGAUCCCCGUGGAUACACUGCCUGUUCAUCUCUAUCAUGGCCCUCCACCCCCGCAGAGUUCGGCUGAAGCCCUGGCUGGUGGCCCAGGUGGAUAGUGGCCUGUACCCUGGGCUCAUCUGGCUACACAGGGACUCCAAACGCUUCCAGAUUCCCUGGAAACAUGCCACCCGGCAUAGCCCCCAACAAGAGGAAGAAAAUACCAUUUUCAAGGCGUGGGCUGUGGAGACAGGGAAGUACCAGGAAGGGGUGGAUGAUCCUGACCCAGCUAAAUGGAAGGCCCAGCUUCGCUGUGCUCUCAACAAGAGCAGGGAAUUCAACCUGAUGUACGAUGGCACCAAGGAAGUACCCAUGAACCCAGUGAAGAUAUAUCAAGUGUGUGACAUCCCCCAGCCUCAGGGGUCGAUCAUUAACCCAGGAUCCACUGGAUCUGCUCCUUGGGAUGAGAAGGAUAAUGAUGUAGAUGAAGAAGAUGAAGAAGAUGAGCUCGAUCAGUCACAACACCAUGUUCCCAUCCAGGACACCUUCCCCUUCCUGAACAUCAAUGGUUCUCCCAUGGCACCAGCCAGUGUGGGUAACUGCAGCCCUGAAGCAGUGUGGCCCAAAACUGAACCUCUGGAAAUAGAUGUACCCCAGACACCUAUACAGCCCUUUUAUAGCUCUCCAGAGCUGUGGAUCAGCUCUCUCCCAAUGACUGACCUGGACAUCAAGUUUCAGUACCGUGGGAAGGAAUACGGGCAAACCAUGACUGUGAGCAACCCCCAGGGCUGCCGGCUCUUCUAUGGCGACCUGGGUCCCAUGCCUGACCAAGAAGAGCUCUUUGGUCCUGUCAGCCUGGAACAGGUCAAGUUCCCAGGGCCAGAGCAUAUCACCAAUGAGAAGCAGAAGCUGUUCACCAGUAAGCUGCUAGAUGUCAUGGACAGAGGACUGAUCCUGGAGGUCAGCGGUCAUGCAAUUUAUGCCAUCAGGCUGUGCCAGUGCAAGGUGUACUGGUCUGGGCCAUGUGCCCCAUCACUUGUUGCCCCCAACCUGAUUGAGAGGCAAAAGAAGGUCAAACUAUUUUGUCUGGAAACAUUCCUUAGUGAUCUCAUUGCCCACCAGAAAGGACAGAUAGAGAAGCAGCCACCAUUUGAGAUCUACUUAUGCUUUGGGGAAGAAUGGCCAGAUGGGAAACCCCUGGAAAGGAAACUCAUCUUGGUUCAGGUCAUUCCAGUGGUAGCUCGGAUGAUCUACGAGAUGUUUUCUGGUGAUUUUACACGGUCCUUUGACAGUGGCAGUGUCCGCCUGCAGAUCUCAACUCCAGAUAUCAAAGAUAACAUCGUUGCUCAACUGAAGCAGCUGUACCGCAUCCUCCAAACCCAAGAAAGCUGGCAGCCCAUGCAGCCCACCCCCAGCAUGCAACUACCCUCUGCUCUGCCAGCCCAGUAAUCAUGAAUGCCAUCUUUUUUACAAUAUUGUACAUAUAUUUUUUAUUAUUCAGAUUUAACCAGCUUCAAAACCUCUUCUUUCUAACAAUGUUAGUGGUCUCCAAUUCUCCACAUAUCUGGCUUUUGAAGUUGAUUUAAUUUAUGGAAAAAUCACCCUUCAUAUUCCCCCUUUCUUUUUUAAACCUCCCAAUGUUAGUGUAAAAUAGUAGAAGGAGAUUUGGCCUGGGACUUCAGACACCAGCAUUCUAGCUGCAGCUCUGCUUCAGUGGUGUGACCUUGAACCACCAAAUCAUUUAACCUCUAGGCUUCAGAUUCAUUAUUGUAAAAUGAAGGGGUUGGAACAAUGCCUGAAAUAAUGCCAGUUAAAACUCUGACCUGAUGACUUCAUUCUACUUGUACAAGGCAAAACUGCCUGGAACAGAACCCUUCUGCAUUGUUCUUGCACCACAUUUUUUUUCUUGCUUUCAUUAAAGUUCCCUCAAGCGCUGAUUUGUCCAACAUUGAUCUCCGUUUGACCUGUUCUGCUAGUAUAGUAAGCUGGCUCCCUGACCGGGUAAGUGAGAGGGAGGAGAGCUGGCUGGUUGCUUAGGAACCAAGCUUGAUAUCUAAAUAGAAAUAGGUGCCAAAGUCUGAAAGUCACCUGGUCUGUGGAGGAAAAGCUCAUAAACUGAGCUCCUAAAGGCAAUCUGUCAACAGAAGGCCCAGGGAUUCUGCAGAGUUGGUUGUCAGUUGUUUCCCUUGCCACCACUCAAAUAACACUGUGCAUGUGGUAGAUCAGAGUAUGUAACUCAGUGGUACCUUUCAGAGAGGAUAGAGCUCUUUCUUUUUCUUCCUUGAGGAAGACCUGGGAGUGAGCGAGGUAUGCAGGACAAACUCCUCACUAAAAAAGGGGUAAAUUCCUUCUUGUUUGGGAAUUUUUCCAGUGCUACUAUCAUUUGGAUUUUUUUUUUUUUUUUUUACAAGAGUGAAUGCUUCUCCCUUCUUGUGGAGGUAGCUGGGUAUGAACUACUCAGGUGAUGAUUGGUUGUAGAACAUUGCAGCUACAGCUGUCACAGACUGGUCUUAUCUAUUAACUUUUGCUCAGUGUCUGACCUUUCUGCCCCAUUCCCAACCUUAAAAAAGAGUAGAAUUUAAACUCCAUGACCUAAACGGAAAACAAGAUGUUAAUCUCUAGUUGCAGGCCCCUAAUCCUUUUGAAUACUGAUGCCGAUCGGUGCCAGGCCGUUGUAAGAAAACCCAUGUCUAGUGUGCUACCCUUGAACUGGGCCAUCCGCUACUUGCUACUGAAGUUGAAUUAGCUGAACACUGAGGCUAGCUUCAAAAACCAUAAGCUCAAUUCAGUUACAGUCGACAAUGGGACUUAUUUAGAAUGUGUAAACUGUGGUUUUAGGGUCUCUAAGGGACGUAGUGGGAUCUGCUGUUACUAAAAUAUGACCAGGAGAAAUCUGGCUAAAUGCCAGGUGCUCAGCUGGGGGCAGAAGUUGGGCUUGUAGAGACCAGGAAACAUGCAAGAUAUAGAAACUUUAUAUUCUUUUUUUUUUUUUUAAGAUUUUAUUUAUUCAUGAGAGACACAGAGAGGCAGAGACACAGGCAGAGGGAGAAGCAGGAUCCAUGAAGGGAGCCCGAUGUGGGACUCGAUCCCAGGACUCCAGGAUCAUGCCCUGGGCAGAGGGCAGGCGUUCAACCUCUGAGCCACCCAGUUGUCCCAAAACUUUAUAUUCUUUGGUCAUUUUGAGUGAGUAACGUGAAGGAUUCAUUUGGUGUCUGCUCACUCUGUAACUGCAAAGCUCAAAGUUAAAAAGAACUCACUAUAGGUAAGUUGGGAGGGCAACUGCUAGAUCUGGGUAGUCCUUCUCCCUUAUGAUGGGAGAGGCUAAUAGCCAGGCUCUCCUUCUUGAUGGGGGCCCAGAUAAUUUGAGCUGGCAAAGUGUUGAAGAUUGUGUUCUUAAGGGCCAAGAAGGCUCACACACUUGUAGUAUGUGACUCUAAUGAAAAGUUUACAAAGAUCCAGAGGAAUGGAUGAGUGGUUUUAUGUAGUCUUCAUUAGAGAGCCGUUUCUUCCAAUGGUUUUUUUUUUUCUUUUAAUCAUCUUCAGAAUGCUGGGAGAGGAGCCCCUGGGUGGCUCUGUUGCUCUGUUGGUUAAGUGUUGGAUUCUUGAUUUUGGUUCAGGUCAUGAUCUCAGGGUCAUGAGAUUGAGCCCCACAUCUGGCUUCAUACUCAGUGGGGAGCUGCUUGAGAUUCUCGGUCUCCCUCUUCCUCUGCCACCCCUUCUCCACACUGCUUGCACACUCCCUAAUAAUAAAUAAAUCUUAAACAACAACAGCAAAAACCUAAAAAAAAACACAAAAAAUGCUGGAAGUGUGCAUGCCGGGCUGUCCACUGGUCUCCCUCAGUGUUCCUUCUCUGGUUCUCGUGGAUAGAUUAGAUACCAGGUGCGGUUUCUUCCUUGGAGUGUUAUCUCCUUUGCUGGCUGUAUCACACACACUCUUGGUGUGUUCUACUUCCUUGCCUCUGCCUUGCUUAAGAGUGCAAAGGGAUUUGGAUGAUGCCAUUACCUCUUCUGUUUGUUCUCUGUCCACCCCGCCAACCUGGAUUAGUUCAGAAUGAAACCAGAACACUACAGAUAAAUUGGGAGGGCAAGUGCUGGAUCUGGGCUUGUCCCUUUCCCCAUAUAAUUAAUUAGGCCUCUGUUUAUAUGUCCCCAUAUCGUCCUGUACUUCCUUUCUCAGAGUAAUCAGUCCCCUUACAACUGUUCAGCAUCUGUGUCCUAUUUGACCCCAAACUCCCUGAAGGUAGGGAUGGUGUGCCUUGGAGGUUGCUGCCAAUGUCUGCUACAUGCUCUGUUCCCAACUAGAACUGAUCCUUGACCACCACCACUUGGCACUGCUACAGGCUCACUUAUGCUAAGUGUUUCUUGAUAAACAUAGUACAGUAAGGCAGAUGUAUUUUCUUAUGAUUUUUUUAACGUUUUCUCUUUCCCUAUGUUACCUUAUUGUAAAAGAAUACAAUAUAUAAUGUUGCUAUAACAAA